CCUGCAAAACACAGAUCUUUUCCCCACCCGCACUUUGAACCCUGGUGUUAGAGCCUCCUGCAGACUAAUGGCAUACAGAAUUUCCUUGGAAAAAAAACAUUGGCGUCCACUGAUAUUUUCAAUUUGUUACAGGCUACCUGGCAGGGAGAUGUCUCGUGUACUAUAACUGAACAUGCUGUAAUGGAAAAUAUGUCUGCGUAGUGGAUGAUAGAUCUGAGUACUCGAUUGAUUCUGACUUGGUGUUUCAUAAGGUUUAUCUUAUCACUUAGAGAACUAUCCUAGUUAUUAAUAAGCUCAAACAACUACAGAGAGGGCAGACGGCUGUAUGCUAUAUUGCCUAAGAAGAGAGUAGUUUGAAGGCUGUUUGAAUUAAGGGAUCUAAGGGGACUCUCGGAGAGUUUGUUUUGAGUGGUCUUGAGAGUGAAAAGGUGGAGGUAGAAAAAAGAAGAUCCUGUUUUUCUCUGGAAGCCCCGCUGUCCUGAAUUGUCAAGAGCAUCAUGACCUGUCCCCCCAGAUCGUGUGUCUUGGUACCAGGGCCUUUGUGAUGGGCUCAGUAUUUCCUUCCAUGCUGUUCCCUUUCCAGUGUGUGGUAGGAGCCCUUGUACCAGUACCUCACACAGCUUUCUCCCACACAUCUCAAGACCAGAAGAUACAGCCAGUGAGUACAGAUGCACGAAAACACAAGAGCUAAUCUGGGACGCUAUCCGCAGAGAUGUGUCAACGAGAAAGAUGGUCUCCUUUAUGAGACCUACUAUCGUGUGAGCCAGCAGUACCCAGUUAUCCUUCUCCUGCUCUUCAUUGUCGUGGCAAUAUGCGGUGCACUUGUAGCUAUCACGUUUGGCACUGGCCGGACCUUUUCAGACAACCUGGGUUUCCUGGUGAGCGUUUUCUGUGCUGCGGGGGUGUUUGUCAUCUUGUUUAUCCUGGUAUAUACGGAAGAGUUGCUGCAGAGGUGCAUGAAGAUACUUGCUGUCAUUAUCUGGGGCUGCCUAGUGGCCAUGGGCUACACCUUCAUCUUCACUAGCGGCAUUGUCACUCCAUGGGACCAGGUUUACUGGACACUAUUUGUGAUCAUCAGCUUGUACACCAUGCUUCCUCUGUGUAUGAAAGGGGCUAUCGUUGCUGGGAUCUGCUGUUCCGUGUCCCAUAUAAUUGUCCUCGGUGUCUAUGUGUCUUUGACACGUCACCUGCCUGCAGGGGACAUUGCCACACAGAUGCUAGCUGAUGUGGUCAUCCUUCUCUGUGGAAAUGUUGUCGGCGGGUUUCACAAGCGUGCCACAGAAAGUGCCUUGAAGGAGACCUACCAUGAGGCCAUCAACUUUAUUCACUCUCGACGGAAACUGGACUCCCAAGAAAGACAGCAGGAACAAUUGCUGCUAUCAAUCCUUCCUGAAUACAUUGCAACAGAAAUGAAGGCAGAGAUCAUAGAGCGGCUAAAAGAAAAGAGACCUCAGCCCGAAAGUACUAACAACUUUCAUAAUCUGUACAUCAAAAGACACAAAGACGUAAGCAUUCUUUAUGCAGAUAUUGUGGGCUUCACUCUACUCUCCAGCGAAUGCUCUCCCAAGGAGCUGGUCCUCAUGUUAAAUGAACUCUUUGGCAAGUUUGACCAGAUUGCAAAAGAGAAUCAGUGCAUGCGCAUUAAGAUCCUGGGAGACUGUUAUUACUGUGUGUCUGGUUUGCCUGAAUACCUACCAAAUCAUGCCAAGAACUGUGUGCAGAUGGGAUUGGACAUGUGUCAAGCAAUCCGAAAGUUGCGGAAAGCCACCGGAGUGGAUAUUAACAUGCGUGUCGGAGUGCAUUCUGGAAAUGUUCUCUGUGGGGUAAUAGGGCUCCAGAAAUGGCAAUAUGAUGUUUGGUCGCAUGAUGUAACCCUGGCCAAUCAUAUGGAAGCUGGAGGGGUCCCAGGGAGAGUCCAUAUCACAAAGGCUACUCUAUUACACCUUGGAAAGGAAUAUGAGGUGGAAGAAGUAACGUCGGCACAAAGAGAUCCCUAUCUGAGAGAAAAUAACAUUAAGACGUAUCUGGUCAUUGACCCUAGGGCUAUUGAUGGUGAAACUGAUGACAUCUUUCCCUCCAAAUCUGCUGAGGUCCCCAAGAUGAGAGCAUCUGUCCGGAUGACACGUUAUCUGGAAUCCUGGGGAGCAGCUAAGCCUUUUGCUCACCUCAACCACAGAGACAGCUUGGCCCCAGAGCCAAUGAAUGGCUCCAACAGUAUGGUAAAAGACCUAGGUGUCCGCAUGUCAAGUACUAUGCACUUAUCUCACAAUUUUACGUUGUACAUUUUUUGUUUAUCUAUUAUGAUCUACUCACACAUUUUUCCCCCCACUCUCCAGGACCUCCAAAUGUCACAUCUACCCUCAUCAGGCAUCCAGGACAAGGCACGCCCUCCCAAAGAAAAUAAUGAGCCAUUGAAUGAUGACCCAUUCCAUAUAUUAGAGCAGCUCGACGCACAAAGGCAGUGGAAAAAGUCUGAUGACUUUAACCCUAUCACCCUAUAUUUUAAAGAACCAGCCACAGAGAAAGAGUAUCGACUCUCAGAUCUACCAUCCUUUAAGUAUUACACCGCGUGCUGCUUCUUCAUCUUCACUUGCAACUUUGUUAUCCAGAUGCUGGUGUCUCCCAAAAAUGCUGCUCUAGGGAUCUCGUACGGCAUCUCAUUCUUCUUCUUCCUGUUGUUCCUCUUCACCUGUUUUGCUGGAAGCCUAGCGCGGUGUAUACUCAAAGGACCUCAGCUUCUGCAUUGGGUGCCCUCUCUUUCUGCAGCUAUCUCCAGCCGGCCCUGUCUCAGAGUUCCCCUUGGUGUCGUCGUUAUUAUCAGCGUGUUGGUUAUGGCGGUAUUUAACAUGUUUUUUGUGCCACCUGACUCCUGCCCAGAAGUUAGCCUGAACAUGUCCCUGUCUUCGUUUCCAGAACCUCAGGAGCUGUACAGCCUGCCAUAUUACAUGUACUGUUGUAUUCUGGGACUCCUGGCCUGCUCUGCUUUCCUGUUUAUGAACUUUGAAGUGAAGCUGAUCCUCCUUACUGUCGCAUUGGUGAUAUACAAUGUGAUCUUCUUGUACACGCACACCUGGCUCUCAGACUGUUACAUGGAGUGGCUGUAUGUUAACCAGAGUCUUCCUAGACCUGCAGUCCUAAAAGAACCAAAACUCAUGGGUAGCAUCUCAUUAUUCAUUUUCUUCUUCACCCUCCUGGCACUAGCUAGACAGAAUGAGUAUUAUUGCCGUUUGGACUUUUUGUGGAAGAAGAAGUUUAAGGUGGAACGAGAGAACAUUGAAACAAUGGAAAAUCUAAAUCGUGUCUUGUUAGAAAACGUCCUACCAGCUGACGUAGCACAGCAAUUCAUCGGACAGAACCUUAGAAAUGAGGACCUGUACCACCAGUCAUAUGACUGUGUUUGUGUUUUGUUUGCCUCCAUCCCCGAUUUCAAGGAAUUUUACACUGAAUGUGAUGAGAAUCACGAGGGCCUGGAGUGUCUACGGCUACUCAAUGAGAUUAUAGCAGACUUUGAUGAGCUUCUUUCAAAACCUAAAUUCAGCAGUGUGGAAAAAAUCAAGACCAUCGGAAGCGCGUAUAUGGCUGCAACAGGAUUAAAUGCCACAUCUGGCCAAGAAAACCCCCAGGAUGGAGAUAGGAAUUACAAUCAUGUUGGCAUCAUGGUGGAGUUUGCAAUAGCUUUGAUUGGAAAGUUGGAUGUCAUCAAUAAACACUCAUUUAACAAUUUUAAACUCCGCAUAGGUAUUAAUCAUGGUCCUGUUGUGGCUGGAGUUAUAGGUGCACAGAAACCCCAGUAUGAUAUCUGGGGAAACACUGUAAAUGUUGCAAGUCGGAUGGACAGCACAGGAGUUCUGGGUAAAAUCCAGGUCACGGAAGAAACCAGCAAGGUCCUACAAAAACUUGGAUAUACUUGUGAACGACGAGGAGUCAUAAAAGUCAAAGGGAAAGGUCAACUCUGCACCUAUUUUGUUUCCACUGACAUGGCACGUUCUGGUUCUCAAGGCAAUGUUCUAAAUUAGACCACAGAAAGAGCACUACAGAGUAAAGAGAGUCUUCCGAAACGGACAAGCGGAAAACUGAACUACACCGACUGGGUCAGCGAGGCCUCACUAUGCAGAACAAUCAAACAGCUUUUGACCUUGCCUGAAAGAGUGGAAUGACUCAAGCAAAA